AUGAAGACCCUCUUGCUGCUGGCCAUGAUCGUGGCCUUUGGCCUGCUGCCGACCCAUGGAACUUUGUGGAAUUUUCAGAAAAUGAUAAAGAAAACAACAGGGAAGAAUGCAAUAACUAAUUAUGGCUUCUAUGGCUGUUACUGUGCUGUGAGUGGCAAAGGAACUCCCAAGGAUGCAACAGACCGGUGCUGCUUUGCACAUGACUGUUGCUAUCGCCGUUUGAAGAGACAGGGCUGUGGGAGCAAAUUUCUGAGCUAUAAGGUGAUACAAAAGAAUGGCAAAAUCACAUGUGCCAGACAGGGCAGUUGUAGAAAGACAUUGUGUGAGUGUGAUAAAAAGGCCGCCCUCUGCUUUAAGAGGAACAGAGGAAGCUACAAUAAGAAGUACCAAUACUACAACAACCGGUUCUGA